AUGGCACUUCAGACUAUCGCUUGGAUGAGCGCCUUCCUCUGCCUUGCGCAAGUUUGCUCCAUGCCCAUGCCUUGCCAUCUACAAGGACAGCUGGUGCGAAUAACACACAACCUACUGAGAGACAUGGGGGGACAUUUUCCUCUGGAAUGCCUGCAGGAGAAUGUCUUCAUGCCAUUCCCAGCCACCGCAUUUGCAACCUCCGGCGCAUCACAGUUGAGCAGCAGUGGUGCUACGGCUAUUUAUGAGACAUUGAAGAACAUCGACACAUUGUUUGGAGCUGACGACCUGCCUACUAAGUGGGACCAACAGAAGUUGGAGAAUUUUCAGAAUAUUGUAUACCGCCAGAUUGAAGAGAGCAAAUGUAUGAUGGGCAGUGUGGAUACAAGUGAUUAUCUCAUCAGGGCAGAAGGACUGAAUACGUACUUUGGGAACAUUGCAGCAGUCCUAAAAGAAAAGUUUAUUUGUAUUUUCACAGAAUUUCAAUACUGCGCCUGGGAAGUGGUUCGAAAAGAGCUCCUGUACACCCUACAGUUCAUUCUGGAACACCACUGUAGCCUUCUGUGGGCCAACAGGACAUGA